AUGGGUGAUGAUGCUGCCCUGCCCUGGGCGUCGUCUUCGCAGCAGGACGAGGAGGGCGAGGCCAUGCUCGCCGAGGAGCCCGACCUCCCCUCAAAGAUGGGGCUGCAGCUGGGGGACAGGCUGGAGGUGAAGUGGCAGCUGGAGGAGGAAGGGGCGCCGGCUUCAACCAAGUGGUGGGGAGCGGUGCUGGACAGCAGGCCACAUGGGGAGACGGACGGCGAGGGGCGGCAAGUGUAUGUGCUGAGGUACGAUCCCGACCCCGACAGCGGCUUCGAGGAGCAGGAGUGCUGCAGAGUGACGUUCCUGGAAGAGCACGCGCUGUAUGAUUUUGGGCAGGACGAUGAGCUGGCGUGGCGCCAGGCUGGCGACAGCUGGGAGGCGCCGGCAGUGCCCGAGGGUGAGGAGGCGGAGGGCGGCGAGGGUGCCAUCUACUCGCUCAACGAAAUUGCAGCUGCGAUCAAGGCGGCAGAGCGGCGCCGCGGACGCACGCUGGACCAGGAUGCGGCAGAGGCGCUGUCGGCGUUCCCGCAGGACAAGCAGAUGUUCAUCGCCGCCGGCUUCCGCAACUUCUCAGACCACAUCUCGGCGGGUGUGGCCCAGCUGCAGGCGCAGCACGGCCCCGAUUAUGUAGUGACGGCCGCGGAUGUCAAAGCGGUGACGGCGGCAGCCAUGGCGGCGGCCAUGCAGAACAGGGGGCUGGGCGGUGCCAGGAUGUGA